UGCUUCCUGUGCUUCUGUGCACAGCCUAGUGUGAGAAGUCCCUUGAAAUAGCUCAGAAGAGGUUGUCAUAGUGUUCGUAGAGGCAGCCGAGCCGCAAGGGAGGAGUCUAGGGGGAAGGUAAAGGAUCUCUUGACACACUUCAACCCAGCGGCUGGGCCUCAGACUGUGCCUGCACACCGAACACCCUUGAAGCCCCAGGCCAAGAUGAGUGUCCCUAUGAAGGGCUUGCCAAGUGGUGGUGCGAAGCCCAGCAAUCAGAAUCCUUGGUCUGACGCUCUGAAGAAACCCGUUACCCGGAACACCAGCUCAGGGGUGCUCAAACUGGGGAGCAAAUUUGAGAAUUUAAACAACAGUGAGAAGACCACUUUCCCUAAACCACCGCCUCUAAAGCCUGUCGCUAUAUCCAAACCGCAGUUGAACCCCACCAAGCCCUCACUUAACACAGGCAGCACCACCGCUACCAAUGACGGCACCGUUGAGAGGUCCAGUGGACUAUCAGGACUAAAACCAAAACCCUUAGUGUCAGCACUUCACUCCAAACUUGUUCAGGAGAACAUCCAGAAGGUCAGAGUUGAGAGAACAUUGUCUUCCGACAAACCGCCAAAUUUCCUGAGUAAACAGAGGUCAUCCCCCAGAGAAAAUAAGAGUGCAGAUUUCAGUGCAGAAGAUCAAAAAGACAUCAAAAAACCAAUGCCUUCUAAACUUCCAUUCAAUUCCAUGCCUCCUAAACCUGCAUCCAAUUCCAUGUCUCCUAAAUUUCCAUCCAAUUCCAUGCCUCCUAAACUUCCAAAUUUGAAACCUAACUUCGUUAAACAAAAGUCUGACGUUGCUGACGGCCCGAUCUCUAAGGAGAAAACCACUGAAGACUCCACGCCUAAAAUAAAGCCACUGCCUAAUGUGUUUGCUCUGGGGAAAUGCCCUAGUAAACCCAAACGGCCAGCACAUGUCAACCUUGAUGGAUUUACAUCAAUAUCAACAUUCAGAAAUGAUCUUUCUUCACCUGAAUCCGUCUAUUUGAUCCCCAUUGAGUCAGACACAUUGAACACUGCCGGCCAAGAGCCCUUCGCCGUUACGAAUCCUUCACUUCCAGGAAGUACCAGUCAAGAACCUGAACAAGCAAAUGAUGAUGAAGACAUGUAUGAGGACCUGGAGGAGAGAUGGGCUGAGAAUGAACAGACGGACACAGGAGAAGCGGCUAAAGAAGACAAGAAGAAAUGUGAUAAAGAGAAGAAACAGCAGCAGAAGGAAGCGCACGAGAAAAAAGAGCGUGAGGCCAGGAAAAAAUUUAAACUCUCAGGAGCAGUAGAGGUACUGCAAGAGGUGAAGGCUCGAUUGGACUGCAAAGGUGGCAAGAACGAGCUUCCACUAACUCAGGGCGAGACCAUAGAGAUUGUUCGCAUCACACACAACCCUGAAGGGCUCUGGCUGGGAAGGAACAGUGAAGGCCUCUAUGGGUUUGUCAAGAUAGCAGCCCUUAAGGUGGACCACAGCACACUUACGACAUCGUCUUGUCUGGUACUGAAUGAAGCAGGUGAAGUGUAUGAUGAUGUGGGCGUAUCGGAUGGUGGCAACAUGAAUUUUUGUUUCCCUCCUCCACCUGCUUUCGGAGUUCCACAGGGAAAUGAUGAUGAUGUUUAUGAUGAUGUGGAUUCUCAGACCUUCCCACCACCUCUUCCACCACUAUCUGAUCAUCCAACUGCAAGAGGAGCAGAGGAAAUGGAUGGAAAGAAGAAGAAGAAGCUUGAAAAGGAAGAGAAAGAGUUCAGGAAGAAGUUCAAGUAUGAUGGGGAUAUCAAUGUGUUGUACCAAGUAGUGGCGGCUGCAGCUUUGACCUCUAAAUGGGGAAGUAAAGAUCUACCGCUAAAGCCUGGAGACGUUAUUGAUGUCAUUGUAAAACCUCAAGAUGGCAAACUAAUUGGAAGAAACAAGGAUGGAAAAUUUGGUUAUGUUUGUCUUCUCAACAUCCAACAGGAAACCGAUAUUUAUGAUGAUGUCGGAGAGGAUUGUAUUUAUGACAACUGAGCAAAAACCUUACUUGUGCAGCCUGAAAUAAUGUCUAAGGGUUGAACGUCUGGACUGUUUGUGCAAUUGAAUGUGAAAUAUAAAUCUUAAAGUCUUCCCUAGGAAUUUGUAACCCUUUGCUUAUUGUAAAAUAUGAUAUCAGAUAAUGUGUGUUUGAAAUGUGUGGAAUAAAUACAUUGAUCAAAAA